CGCACACUGGUUCCUCGCGAUCGUCUGCUUCCCGUGGCUCGACCGCCAGCACGCGACCGUCGCCCGCGGCAACCCCGGCGGCGGCGUGCCCGACACUAGCGCCCUCCGACAGCAGAUACUUCAGAACUCGCCGCUGCGACCGUCGUGCGCGGUGGUGGCGCCAUCUCCUGUGAAACCUACGAAGACAGAUUCCUUGGAGCAGCAGCAGCAGCAGCAGCAGGGCAGCCCCGCGGGGAAGGCUGGUCCCUCCCCGGCCCCCUCCUCCGACGGCUCCUCCCUCGGCCGCGACCCGAACGAAGAGGUGUGCGAGGGUCAGCGGGAGGAGGCGGACGAUGCGGAGGCUGCGGCGGAGGAUGCUGAGGAAGAGCGCACGGACGCCGCCAGCCGGGUCGUCGUCGCCGCGGAAACGCCGUCCAAGCAGAAGGAGAUGAUGCUGCAGCCUUGCAUCCUCAUCUUCGACUCGCUCGUGGGAAUGACCAGGUCAAAGGUCAUAUGCACGCUGAGAGACUACCUGCAGGUUGAGUGGACGACGCGGCGGGAGGCGGCGCGCGCGUUUACGCGAGACAGCAUUCGCGGAUGCACGGUGAAGUGUCCGCAGCAGGACAACUACAGCGACUGCGGUGUCUACCUCCUACAGUACGUGGAAAGCUUCUACGAGACUCCGCUGACGAGCUUCAACCUGCCGAUCCGUCUUCCCGUGUCCUGGUUUCCCGUCGCCACGAUCCAGACGAAGCGGAAAGAGGUCCAGGAGCUGAUCUGGCGACUACACGAGGAACAGAACCCGAAGCAAGAGGGCGCCACCGCUGCCAAGUGAUGACGGAUAGCGCCGGUCGCCGCGGCGACGCGGUCGUGUAUAUAGCGUUGGUUGCGCGCGGCCGCCGGCGUUUGUCCGAAACGGGUUGUCGGAUCGCGUGCUUGACCGAUGCGUAACUUAUGAAGAAUUGCAACGUGUGACCGGUCACCCAUGGUCUAUGACUGAUGACUGAUGACCUAUAGCUGUUAAUCUAUGACCUAUGACUGAUGACCUAUGACUGUUAAUCUAUGGCCCAUGACUGAUGACCUAUGACUGUUGAACUAUAGCUGUUAAUCUAAGACCCAUGACUGAUGACCUAUGACUGUUGAGCUAUAGCUGUUAAUCUAUGACCUAUGACUGUUGAGCUAUAGCUGUUAAUCUAAGACCCAUGACUGAUGACCUAUGACUGUUGACCUAUGGCUAUUGAUCUAUGACUGAUGACCUAUGACAUUAUCUAUGCCCUGUUACUAUUUAACUGUGACGCCUGUUGCGCUGUGGUGGCGGCCCACGUAGCUGAGAAAUUAAAACUAAAAUUGUUUAUGUUCGAAAUAAAACGUGAAAAUGUAAAUAAAAACACGUGAUUUUG